UUGCUGGCCCAGUCCUCGCCCUGCUGCAGCUCUGCCCCUGAGGGGCGUGCGGCGAGCAGCCAGGCCUGGUCCAAGCUCUCUUCUGCAGAUGGAGGCGGCCAUCCUGAUCCCCUCCGUGCUGGGACCCCUGCUGCUGCCUCUCUUGGCCGUGUUGCUGAUGGCACUGUGUGUGCGCUGCCGAGAGCUGCCAGGCUCAUAUGACAGUGCUGCCUCUGAUAGCUUGACCCCGAGCAGCAUCGUGAUCAAACGGCCUCCCACGCUCGCCCCAUGGCCACCGGCCGCUUCCUACCCGCCUGUUACCUCCUUCCCACCCCUGAGCCAGCCAGACCUGCUCCCCAUCCCGAGAUCCCCACAGCCCCCCGGGGGCUCCCACCGCAUGCCAUCUUCCCGGCAAGGCUCAGAUGGUGCCAACAGUGUGGCGAGCUAUGAGAACGAGGAGCCAGCCUGUGAGGGCGCAGAUGAAGAUGAGGAUGAGGAGGACUGUCACAACGAGGGCUACUUAGUGGUGCUUCCUGACACUGUCCCAGCCACCGGCACCGCCAUCCCGCCACCUCCUGCGUCCAAAAACCCCGGCCUCCGAGACAGUGCCUUCUCCAUGGAGUCGGGGGAAGAUUAUGUGAACGUUCCUGAGAGUGAGGAGAGUGCAGAGGCGUCUCUGGAUGGGAGCCGGGAGUACGUGAACGUGUCCCAGGAGCUGCAGCCCACAGCGAGGCCUGAGCCUGCCGCAUGGAGAGCCCGGGAGGCGGAGGAUGAGGAAGAGGGAGCUCCAGAUUACGAGAAUCUGUAGGAGCUUAACCGAGAGCCUGUGUGA